AUGCUGCUGGAAAAUGUGGUGGCCUGUAAAGCAGAAGAAGGCAAAGAAGGACUGCAGCAGCAGCCGCAGCAGCAGCAGCAGCAGCGUUUUCUGGAGAGUGACUGCAUGUGCCGGGCCUUGUCUCCGUGCUUAUGUGUGUCUCUAAAAAGCGGGAAAAGAAAUUCAAAAGUUUCCGCGGGAAACGCCCGCGGACGCCGCCGCCGGCCCCCAGGAGCCUCUUGUUGCAAGAAGACGGCUGCAGCAGCAGCAGCACCACCACGUGCAGCAGCAGCAGCAGCACCUGCAGCAGCAGCAACAGCGUCGCCUGCAGCAACUGCAGCAGUAGCAACAGCAGCACCAGCACCAGAACCCGCAGCAGCAGCAGCAACAGCUGCUGCUGCAGCAGCAGCCUCAUUGCGCGGGACUGUGGUGGAAGUCAAGACAGCAGCAGAAGUGGAGGAACUAAAAGCUGCUGCUGCAGCAGCAAAUUGCCCUCUCGUCCUUUCCUUCGGGGCCCCCUGGUGCCGCCCCUGCAGCAGAAUCAAGCCCCUCUUCCAGGAACUUGCUGCUGCGCACGCGGCGCUGUUUGCUGCUGUGGACGUGGAGGCCGUCGAAGGGCUGCAGCAGCUGCCGCAGGCGCUGCCCACUUUUCAAGUUUUCCGAAACAAAGAACUCGCAGACCAGCUGACGGGGGCUCUGCCGGCGGAGCUGAAGGCCAUGGUGAGUCGCCACUGCAAGUUGCGGUGA